AGGCAAGAAGAUUGGGUCUGAGUUUGUCGGUCAAGUGGGGGUUGGAAUGUGCAUAGCCCCACCAGGAAAUAAUUCAGAAUAUCCUCCAGUAUUGUUUUGGGUUUAUCCUACUGCUCAGGAAUAGUGAAAGGAGGGCCUGGACAGAGAGAUUUGAGUUUAGAAGCAAAACAAGUGGAGAAGAAACUCACUCUACCCCAUCCUUUCUCUUUUAUGUUAUUCUCUUUCCAGAGGUCUCCUGCUUGCCAUGGUGCUGAGUCUCCUAUUCCUCCUGCUGCUGAGGUUCAUUGCUGGAAUCCUGGUGUGGGUUCUCAUUGUGGGAGUGAUAGCCAUCACUGCAUAUGGAAUCUACCACUGUUACAUGGAAUAUGAUGUCCUCAACAAAAAGGAAGCCACUAUCCAGACCAUCGGAUUUACCACCGACUUCAGUCUUUACGGCAGUGUCAAGGAGACGUGGUUGGCCGCCUUCAUUGUCCUCUGCGUGGUGGAAGGCAUCUUGCUGCUUUCUGUCUUGUUCCUCCGCAAACGGAUCUUCAUCGCUAUCGCCCUGAUCCAGGAAGCCAGCCGAGCCAUUGGAUAUAUGAUGUCCACCCUUGCCUACCCACUGCUGACUUUCAUCUUAUUAGUGAUCUGCUUGGCGUAUUGGGCCAUGACAGCUCUAUAUCUUUCUACUUCUGGAGAACCGCUUUAUCGUAUCGCCCCAACAAAUCAGAGUGCACCAGGUUGUGAAAAAUACAGUGGUAAUGAAAGUUGCAGUCCACUGGAUUUCAAUGUCUCUUCCGGGCUCCCUUGCAGGACAGAGUGCAUCUUUUACAAAUACAAUAACGAGGGGCUUUACCAGCGCAACAUCUUCAAUCUGCAGAUCUACAACGUUGUGGGUUUCCUCUGGUGUGUCAACUUUGUCAUUGCUCUGGGACAGUGUGUGCUGGCAGGAGCCUUUGCCUCUUACUACUGGGCCUUCAACAAGCCUCAAGAUAUCCCAGCCUGUGCCUUGAUUAGUGCCUUUCUCCGGACAUUAAGAUACCACAUAGGGUCACUUGCUUUUGGCGCCCUCAUCCUCACCAUCGUUCAACUGAUCCGCAUGAUACUACAAUAUCUGGACCACAAGUUGAAAGAUUCCAACAAUAAAGUCGCCCGCUGUAUUCUCUGCUGUCUGAAAUGUUGCUUCUGGUGUUUGGAGAAGUUCAUCAAGUUCCUCAACCGAAAUGCUUACAUUAUGAUUGCCAUUUAUGGAAAGAAUUUUUGUGUAUCAGCCAAAAACGCCUUCAAGCUCCUGAUGCGGAACGCUGUCAGAGUCGUAGUCCUGGAUAAAAUCACAGAUCUGCUGCUGUUAUUUGGGAAACUCUUGGUGGUUGGAGGAAUUGGCACGCUGUCCUUUUUCUUCUUCACGGGGCGAAUCCCCAUUGAUGACACCCGGUUCCGAUCCCCAGUCCUCAAUUACUAUUGGUUGCCCAUUCUGACGGUGGUUGUAGGGACCUACCUCAUAGCCCAAGGAUUCUUCAGUGUCUACAAUAUGUGUGUUGACACCCUAUUCCUCUGUUUCUUGGAAGACUUGGAGCGGAAUGAUGGUUCCCAGGAGAAGCCAUAUUACAUGUCCAAGUCUCUGAUGAAGAUUCUGAACAAGAAAAACAAACAGGCCAAGGACAAAUAGAAAUAUGUGGGGGUGGGGGGAAGACUUCCCCUACACGUCAUCAACUCAUGUUAUUGGUCACCAUCAUUUCUUGCUGCAUCAUUUCCUUUCAUCUCAUAUCAGAGACAGCUUAAUGUCCUUCCCUUCCUCUUCCUACAUGUUUGUAUUUGGGGGGGCCUUCCACAAGAUGACUUGAUAUUCUUCCUCAUUUGGUUUGCUAUAUUGGUUCUGAAGCCUUGCCAUAUACAGAACACAACCCACCCAUAUUGCUGUUUCUCGUGCAGAUUGUCUAUUGAUAAAUAAUUGGUCAUUUAACUUACCUCUGGUGCCAUAGUUCCUUUUGAGUCAUUGUUUUGAUCUCCAUCUUCCCAAUCCUGUUCUACUUUGGAGGAGGCUGCCCUCCUUCCUUGGUUUGGGACCAUUCCACCCAUCAUAGUUGUUUUGCACUUGUUCCAGUCAACCGUGUUACUCAUGGUCAAACCCAGUGCUGUUUCCCUAGUGUUUUGUUCAUCUCUUUUGUAAAAUGCAACAUCCUUUUUAGCUGUAUUCUGGGCCAAAUCAGGCAGCUGUAAGCCACAUCAACGCUCCUUCUAAAACUGAUCCUGGAGAAGGCACGUCUGCUCCUGCUGCCAACCCUGUGUGGAACAAUCUCAGAAAUGUCCUGCUUUCCUGGCAUGUUGCGUGAGUGCCCUCUGGAAGGUUGCCCUGGACCAGGUAUAGGCAAUCUGGUAUCCUCCAGAUGUUUUGAAUGUGGACUCCCAAGCUGGAGUUGGAUUCCAAAGCAUUUUGUUUGCUUAAUCCAUCCUAUUUCAGCUUUGGUUACCAUUAGCACAUGGUCGGCCUUUCAGGUAUUCUUAAAGCAUUUUCUAAUGGCCUGUUCCCACCCUGUCUCUCUGAUUUAUAUUUUUAUUCAUGGCUAUUUUUAAAUUAUUAAGCCCUGUCUAUUGUUUAAUUUCUGUUUCUGACUCCUUCCCCAGCCAAAGCCUUUCCUUAAAUUGCUAAUUAUUCCAAUUGGCCACCUUAUAUUUCAGAUCAAACUGUUCUUUUUCCUGUUUAACCAGUCCUCUUUCUGAAUGUCUUACUGACUGAAUUGUUCAGUAUUGCAUUGGCCAAGCUCCAAAUGAAGAAUGGAUUUCAGUAUAUUGUAUUUCUCAGUGCUCUGAAUGUUGGCCAUCCUAUUUCCUAAGUGCCUUUGUGGAUAAACUCCAUUUCACUUUCUGAUACCACAAUGCCAAUGUUUGGUCUGAGUUUAUGAUUUGCAAACUACCUUAAUUCAGGCCAACUUCCUGUCACCUGUAUUUUUGCUUUGUUUCCCCCUGCCCCCAAUUUUUACCUUCCUGUGGUACCUCUCGGCAUUCCUCUCCUUUUUUCCAGGGUACCGAUUGCCAUUUUUUAAAAAAAAAAUCAUAAAAACAAUAAUGUGGCCAGAUGCAAAACACAAUCACUGUUCUUCAGAUCUCUUCUUAUAUUAUGCAAGGGUGCUGUUGCAGGCAUUGACUGUAUAUAGCUUUUUCUCUGUGUAUAAUAAUGAAAAGCUUGUUUUAUACAAAGAAUACAUGUUUAUUAAAUAUGAUUUUAAAUAGC